AUGCGACGCCUGGCCGUCCUGGUCGCUGUGGCUCUGGCCGCCCUCCUGGCCCCUGGCUCUGGGGCGCCUGUCCACAGGCGGGGCUUCCCUCCCGGCCCCAGGAACAAGCUGCUCCUCGUGUCCUUCGACGGCUUCCGCUGGGACUACGACCAGGACGUGGACACCCCCCAUCUGGACGCCAUGGCACAGGAUGGUGUGAAGGCACGGUACAUGACUCCCGCCUUCAUCACCCUCACCAGCCCCUGCCACUUCACCCUGGUCACUGGCAAAUACGUGGAGAACCACGGCGUGGUGCACAACAUGUUCUACAACACCAGCACCAAGGUGAAGCUGCCCUACCACGCCACGCUGGGCAUCCAGAGGUGGUGGGACAACGGCAGCGUGCCCAUCUGGAUCACGGCCCAGAGGCAGGGCUUACGGACCGGCUCCUUCUUCUACCCGGGCGGGAACGUCACCUACCAAGGGAUGGCCCCGACGCUGAGCCGCAAGGAAGGCGUGCUGCACAACUACGGCAACGAGAGCGAGUGGAGGGCGAACGUGGACACCGUGAUGGCCUGGCUCGCCCAGGAGGACCUGCACCUGGUCACGCUGUACUUUGGGGAGCCGGACUCCACGGGCCACAGGUACGGCCCCGAGUCCCCGCAGAGGAAGCAGAUGGUGGCACAAGUGGACAGGACCGUGGGCUACCUCCGGGACAGCAUCGAGCGCCACAACCUCUCGGCCAGCCUGAACCUCAUCGUCACGUCCGACCACGGCAUGAGGACCGUGCAGAAGGCGGCCAGCGACCUGGUGGAGCUCCACAAGCUCCCCAACUUCACCUUCCAGGACAUCGACUUCGAGCUCCUGGACUACGGCCCCAACGGGCUGCUGCUGCCCAAGGAGGGGCGGCUGGAGAAGGUGCUGGCCGCCCUGCAGCACGCCCACCCCCGGCUGCACGUGUACAGGAAGGAGGCCUUCCCCAGGGCCUUCCGCUAUGCCGGCCACCCCAGGAUCACACCCCUGCUCAUGUACAGCGACCCCGGCUACGUCAUCCACGGGCGAUACAGCGUCCAGUUCAACAACGGGGAGCACGGCUUCGACCACGAGGACGUGGACAUGAAGACCAUCUUCCGCGCCGUGGGCCCCAGCUUCAAGGCGGGGCUGGAGGUCGAGCCUUUCGAGAGCGUGCACGUGUACGAGCUCAUGUGUCAGCUGCUGGGCAUCGAGCCCGAGGCCAACGACGGGCACCCGGGCGUGCUGCGGCCCCUGCUCCGCUCCGGGUCCACUCUGCGCAGCUGCCGCCCCCGGUGA